UCAAGAAAACUACUGCAGAAACACAAGAGUUUGCUGCCACAGUUGCUUCGAAAAUGCGAGGCUUGACGAUUGGAGACACAGUUCCUGACCUUGUGGCCGACAGCACCCAUGGAAAAAUCAAGCUUCAUGACUACAUCGGUGAUAGCUGGACCAUACUCUUCUCUCACCCGGCCGAUUUCACGCCCGUCUGCACUACGGAACUGGGGAAGAUGGCUGCCUAUGCUCCAGAGUUCGCUAUUCGAGGGGUGAAGCUCGUGGGUGUGUCUUGUGAUGAUGUGCAAUCGCACAACGAUUGGAUUAAGGAUAUUGAAGCCUACACUCCUGGGUGCAAGGUGACAUAUCCUAUCCUUGCUGAUCCCAACCGAGACAUCAUCAAGCAACUGAACAUGGUAGACCCGGAUGAGAAAGACAACUCCGGAAAACCACUCCCAUCUCGAGCUUUGCAUAUGGUAGGACCCGACAAGAAGGUAAAGCUGAGCUUUCUGUACCCGGCAACUACCGGCCGAAACAUGGACGAAGUGGUGAGGGUGUUGGAUUCCCUGCAGAAGGCAUCUAGGAACAACUACAAGAUUGCCACUCCAGUAGAUUGGAAACAGGGAGAUCCUGUGGUCAUUUCACCGAGCGUGUCCGAUGAGCAGGCCAAGGAGAUGUUCCCCCAGGGUUACAAGACAGUGGAACUCCCAUCCAAGAAGGACUACCUUCGUUUUACCGAUGGAUGUUCAUGUGAAAAAUGUAAAUUAACGGUCCAAGUCAAGGCCUUCUGAUCAUGACUUUGAA